GAAAAAGUACGACCCAACAAAAUAAAUUUAUAAAUUUGAAAAACAAAAGCCCAUCAAUGGAUUAUCAAUUGGUCUAAAUCUCUUCGUUAUAUUCAAGCUCUUAGGUGAAGAUUCGGAAAAAAUGGUCGCGCCAUUAGUAGCAGGAAUGGCUAUAGCCGCUGCUGCAUAUGCUUCAAGGUAUGGAAUCCAGGCAUGGCAAGCAUUCAAGGCCAGACCUCCCACUGUGAGAAUGCGCAAGUUUUAUGAAGGAGGUUUUCAGCCUAAAAUGAACAAAAGGGAAGCAGCUCUGAUUCUUGGAGUCAGGGAAAACACUGAAGCAAAUAAAGUGAGGGAAGCACAUAGGAAGGUGAUGGUAGCUAACCAUCCAGAUGCAGGAGGUAGUCACUACCUUGCUUCUAAAAUAAACGAGGCGAAAGACACUUUGCUUGGACAGACGAAGAACAAUGGAUCCGCGUUCUAGGCUACACGAAAUUUUUGCUGGUGCUUAGGCAUACCCAAAUCCAAGAGUCUUUAGUCAAAAAAUUAGACAGUAGAACAUUGAGAAUACAUCAUAAGAUGUACAAGUUACAACUAGUUUGUUUUAAUUCUAAGCAAGCUUGAAAAGUCGAUUAUAUGAAUUCUCACUAUUCAUGUGGCAUUUUGGGUAGGUGAAAGGCUCUGCUUACACACCAUCCUCUCCAGACGUUAUGUCGUUAUCGUCAUGUGGCAUUUCACUCUAUUUGUAUAGGUAAUGGGGCUGAGGAAUUCCAGAAAUAUUACUAAUAGAACCAGAAAUGUGUAUACUUCCAAAAUUUGAAUCAUGUGGCUUUGAAGACCAGUUGCCAGCA